GAUUCGUGCAUCAAUAAAUCUAGCUCCGCGGUAUACAAAUAUCGUCUACACGUCUGGGAUUUUUGAUACCGACAAGCCCAAUGAAAAAAUCCUAGAAGAAAUCGCUCACACCGUACAAAAAUGUGCUUAUGGGAUCAAGGCCAUAUUAUUUGUUAUGAACCUUUCCACCUGGCCUGGUGUUCGUAUGCUCGAAAAAUGUCUAGAACAAUUAGAAAAUAUUAUUUGUAACAUAAAUGGCGUGUAUACAAAUGAACUAUUAGAAAAGACACGAAAAGAAA